AUGAAGUUGCUUUCAUGGAAUGUCAGAGGGUUGGGGAGGAUGGAGAAGAGAAGCAAAGUGAAGAAGCUCUUAAAGGAGAGGAGUGUAGACAUGGUACUGUUCCAAGAGACAAAAAAGUCAGAGUUUUCAGAGGAAGAUGUCAGAUCUGUAUGGGUUAGAGCCAAAAUGGAGUUUAUGGUGGUGGAUGCUGAAGGCUUGGCAGGAGGGUUAUUGUGUAUAUGGGACCCAGAUGUAUUCCAAGUGAAGGAAUGCUGCAGCAAUAGAAGGUUCAUCCUAUUAUCAAGUACUUUAUUCCAUCAGUUCAAUUGUGUUAUUAUAAACAUUUAUGCACCGAAUGAUGUGGGCUCAAAAGGGAAGCUGUGGAAUUGUUUAUUGAAAUUGGAGGAGGAGUUUCCUGAUCCUUGGUGUUUAGGAGGAGAUUUCAAUGAGAUUAGACAGAUUGGGGAAAGGAGAGAGUGCUCAAGGAGGGAUAGAGGCAUGAAUGAAUUUAAUGAGUUUAUUGAUAAGUGUGAGGUUUCUGAAUUACCUUUACUUGGAAGGAGAUUUACUUGGUGUAAUUCAUUUGUUGGGAAGAAGUGGAGCAAAAUAGAUAGAGUGUUAGUAGAUCCAAAAUGGCUUGAGGUGUUCAAGUUAAAGUUAUGGGGUUUGCCUCGUUUGGUCUCGGAUCAUUGCCCUCUCCUUAUGAUGGAGGAUGAGAGGGACUGGGGCCCAAAGCCUUUAGGGCUCUAA